AUGUCUUCUCCAGAUACUAUGUACUGUUCCCAGCAAAUCAACAUCCCCACUGAACUACCAGACAUCCUCAAACAGUUCACCAAAGCUGCCAUCAGAACGUAAAGGAAGGCAUUGAUGCUAUGGACUGGCCCGUACUUCUCUGCCCUGUCCAAAGGAGACAUUCUACCAACCAAGGAGAGGCUGGAGAGGCCUGUCGCCACACAGAAGACAGAUACCGGACUAACUCCAGGCCUGCUCAAGGUCCUAAAUAAACAGAUACCUAUUCCCAAGGAGACGAUGAGUAUGGAGGAGCUGCAGCAGAAGUGGAAGGGUCUGUGUCAGCCCUCAGAGCAGCUGGAACUGCUGGCUCUGGGGAACUUCUUUGCCAACAUCCACUGGAUGCAGUUAUUUGCUCUAAACUGUGGUGUAGUUUAUCAUCAAUGCCUGAGGUAUGCGUGUGAAAUCCUGACAGAGUAUGAGGGGGGUGGAGCGGCGACGAUGCCCUUUGAUCUGUUCGCAGGGCUGUACACCCUACCUGGCCCACCUGGGCGGAGAGAUCCCCAGGACCAGAUAGACAGCUUCCUAAGCAGCCUGCAGAAGCCUGUCUGA